AUGAUUGAAGACGAUGAAUCUGAGUGCUUCUUUUAGCUCAAACCUUCUAAAAAGAUCAAAAAGAAGAGAGGCAACAUUCUUAGAAUUCAGAAGCAUUAUGACUCCUUGAAUCAAAUGUAGAUUGCUGCUGCUGAGCAAGAACAAACCAUUCUAGCAUUAAUAGAUAAGCGAUCUUAAAUAUAUUCAAAGAAUAAAUGCAUCACCUAAUGGAAAGAAAACAUAUCUUAAUCGCAGUCUUUAAUUUAUGUUAAUUUGAUCAAAAGUGAAUCAGAAACUUUUGAAGAUAGUGAAAGUUUUCUCAAAUAACCUCAAAAUGAAUUGCUCAUAGAAAACUACCUAUGUUGAUUGGGACUAGUAUACCUAAAUCACAAAAAUGAGUUUUAUUUAUUAUUUUUCCAAGUAUCAUAUCAUACUGCUUC